CCGAGCACAUCGGUUCAUGUAUUCGCAAUUAAAUCGUAGACGAGCCCUGUAUUAUCGAAAACGACGAAAAAAACGCAGUUUUAACUGAAAUUCGGCGCGAUUAUAAUUAAUUAGCGAGCCGGUUCCGAUUGCACCUAAUCCAAUCCAAAAGUAAAUAUAAACGGCGGACUUACCGUUACUGCUCUGGUCCCGGAAUCAAGAAGAAGACAGGCGGAUAUUGCGCAACGCACUCCUGACAAAGAACAACUGAAAACCAAGCGGGAGGGGGAGGCAAUACCUGUAGAGUUCAGCAGACGGCGCGAAUACUGUUUUAAAGCGCGAACGUCAGGUGUGCAGAGUGGUCGACUCGCGUUGCCUCUCGCUCCCCAAACGCUCUCGCACAUUUCCGUCGAAUCUGCAUGUUUGUUGUUUGGGAUACAAAGACCGCGAGACCUGGGGUGGUUAAAAAUAGUCGCGGCUCCCCUUAACAGACGGACGUUAAGUUUCCUGUCGUAAAAAUUCGGUGCGUGUGGGACUUUUUCGGACGGUGAAGUGAAUGUGUACAGAUCGAAAACGACAGGGAAAGUAAUUAAAGACUUGUUUAUAUGUGCCGUUAGACGCAGAGACAAUAGGUUCAAGGGGGUACCGUUACGGAAUUAUGUGGAGAAGUUGAGGAAAAACGUGAAGCAGCGUUUGCCGAAGGGUAUCGGCUUUGUAUCAGAGUCAUGCACCACGAAAGAUCUCGAAGUUUGGGGACGGUCACUCGUUUUCAAAGUCCCGUAAACACAACCGGCAGUCAGAUGACGUCAUGCGAUUUCGAAAACCUCGACGACGCCCGAAAAUUGGUGAGAGACCUGAGACAAAAGACCAGAACGCAAGCUCAACAGAUUAUGGCUUGGAGGCGGGCGUAUAAACUUCAAGAAAUGCUCGUGACCAGGCUGCAAAAGGAAAAAUGUGAACAACUCAAAGUCCUGAGUUCAAAGCUGCUGCUUCUUGAAUCCAGGCUGAUACGGAAGCAAAAGGAUAUAGCAGCCAUGUUGAACGUCAGGGAAACGAUAAUUUGCCGGCAGCAGAGGAUUAUCGAAACUCUAACUACCCGUCUGACAGACAACGGCUUGGAGGUUCCUCACGAAAUCACAGAGCUGGAAAACUGCCUUCCGGAUUUGGAUUCGUUAAAUGAUUCAGAUAGCGCCGUCGUCUUGGAAGACGUAGAUUCUGACAGUACAGUAUAUCAUCCAAUUAAGCUUCGACCCUCCACUAGAGAUGGCAUCACCGUCGUUCGGUCCAUAUCGGAUGCCAUUGAUCCUAACCUCAAGUACACCUCUAUGCGCAGAAACAAUUGUUUCCUACGAAGACCGGAGAUACUGGAAACGGUAUACAGUGUGGAAGAAGACGCAGAUGAUAACCAAAACGAGAAAACCGAAGCAAACAAACGAAGGGAGUCGUUCGCAACCAGAGGAAAGUCAAAUUGUAACAUAGAUUCAGGCGACGAGAAUGUUGCGAAGCAAAAAGCGAGGUUGCCAAAUUGGUCGUGUCAGAAUGGUGAUGACACGACAAGCGAUUCCGAAAACCAAGACAAUCACAAACCCAACGCUAGUCCUGUCAGAACUUACAACAGAGUGAUGCUUAAUCACCGCUCGGUUACAAAACCCAAGGAUGUGAAGUACAAGCGCAUAAACAAAGCAAAAUCGAAGAGUUUGGAAGAGCUUCGGGGCCGACUGAAAAAUUGGGUGGAACAGGGCAGCAAAAUACCGGGAGUCACAUUAGAACACAGCCAGAGCUAUGCUUAAUUGUGUAUUAAAUGUUUUGUGAUUAUAUUGUACUUUCAUAUCGCGGCUAUUUUCAGUCAAUUCAUUUCGUCAACUUAUCAGCUGAAAAAAAUCUGUGAUCUCUACAUUGGACCUUUUAUUUGAUAGUUGUUUCGGCACUUGGAACUCCAUUAACGCAAUGUUAUGCGAGACUAAUACACAUCUCUAACGCACAAGUGUUUAAAUUCUUGUACAGUAAAUUCUACCAAUUUUAGGUUAUGAUACCCUGUUAUUCUUGCGUCCUUUUUUUCUUACGUAAGCAUGCCAAUGAUUGUUUAAAACCACUAAAGAAACCCGAAUGUUUGUUCAUUUUUAAUUAUAAGACAUCCAUGGAAGACAGGACAAUUUAUUCAUAAUAAAAGUAUAAACCGUCAGCCAACAUUGUGCGAAAAACAGUUACCUCCGAAAAUUAAAGUUAGGAUGACCGCAACCUUUUUAUUCCACACACUAAACGAUGCAAAAGCAUUGUAAAUAACUGUUCAAUUGUUAAUUAAAAGCGAAAACACUUUAAAUUUCAAAAUCAAAAUUGAAAAUGGUAUAUUCAGAAUACUAAUGUCAACUGAUAAUAUGGAGUUGUGCUUAUUGUGUCGUGUGAUUCUGAAUAGAAAUUGAAAAUAUUUUCAUCCCUACAUAGUUGAGAAUCCAAAUAUAUAAGUCUAAUUUGAACACAUUUGUAAACAGUUUAUUCAAUAAUUUCACCUUUCUUCAUUGCCUACACUUCUUUUCAAUUUUCAAUUAAAACCUGUAUAAAUGCAGCUUUAUUUGGCACGACUGUGCUGUGACAGACGAAUAAUUGUGCAAGAAUUGGCACUAAAAUUCAGCGCCAAGCGUCAAAAGUAAAUCAAUAUUAUUAUGGCUGUAAAUCACCCCUAAACUUCAAGUAAUAUGUUACCAACCUCUGAAGUAAAGACAAUCAUUUACAUUUCAAGCAAAACGUGUAGAGAUGGGCGACUGGAACUUGUACUUACUAAAUAAUGUUACUUUUCUGGGUCUCACGUUGGGCGCUAAAAGUGUAUUUCGCGAUUUAGCGAUUCUCGCUAUGACUGCAUAAGUGAUACAGUAAUAUCGUUAAAAAAAAAAGCUUAUAUAAAUUUGCAAUUCUGUACCCAAAAGGAUGAAAUAAAAACUUGAACCAUGUACGUAGCGUUAAUGAUGCGACUUAUUUUAAUUAAUGCGGUCUUUUCCUGAGCGAUGUUCCUUUUCGACGCAAAUAUACAUACGCGUGUUUGUAUUGGAAUAUGUGAUAUGACUUAAGCUAUCUGCUCGAAAAAUUUUCCAUUUUAUACUUAACAGUUUUCAAACUAUCUGGGCUAUGAUCCCAGAUCUAAAAUGACUUAUGAAACAGCAAACCGUAGUUUUGUGUAUUACUGGCGACGAGUUGGACCUUUUUAUGUUCGAAAAAUUUAUUGGCGCUUGAAGAAAACAAAAGGUAAAACCUUUGUUUGACAAAAAUGAUUAGUAAUCAGAAUAUUGAUUGUUUUUAACUAAAUUACAAUUUAAAUGCUGGAAAUGUGCCACUACAGUAAUUUUAUUUACUAUAUUUUGUUAUUAUUUUAUAUUAUAUUUCCAUCAAAUAUAUUUGCAAGUAGAUUUAAAGUAACCAAAUUUAUAAAUAUGAUUUCAGUAUGGUGCUGAAGUAUUUACAAAACUAUUGCUGCUCUACUAUAGUUUUUGUGUCGAAUGUUAAUAAUUUUAACUAUUUUUGCUUUUAAUAAAUUUAUAUUUUGACAACUUUAUUUCAACCUAUCAUAUGAUAAGCAGCCUUAGUACUAACAUCCAUUGCCAGAGAGGUUUUCUUUUAAGACAUAAAAUGAAGAAAGAAAAGUCCGACUCAUCACUGUUGAGCAGUCUAGCAUAAUAGCCUAAAUAAUUUCUAAUAUAUAAAAAGGUAACUAACAAACAUAUCACACAUUUUAGUGUUGCCCGAAGAGUUCCAAACAAUUUAGCGUAUUUAAUUUAGGUGAUAUAAUGCCGGACUGAUGCCUAUCUAAAACGGUCCACGCAUCUAAAUAUUCAAAUGUUUACUAAAAUUUUGAGCAAAAUAUGUACUCGUGACUACUGAAAGAAUAAUAAUGAGAUU